UGUCUUGCUUGAUACCCAAAAACUACGCUUCCAUUCAUGGCUACCGCACCACCCUCCCAAUCGCAAUGGGAAUUCACCUGUGACCUGGAAGUGGAUUUUGGAUCUGAGGAGAAUGCUUCCAUAGUAUAUGCUGCCUUAGCUGUUGAUAAAGAGUUGCAACCUGAUAAAGUACAACGACUCAUGACGGUGUCCGAUGGAAAGCUAUCUGUGCACUUUGAGGCGAUAGAAGCCAGAUUUCUUCGGGCAUCAUUCAGUGCUUUUGUAGAUGUUCUGACACUAGCCACGAAAACUAUUGAAGAAUUUGGUCAAGAAAUGGAGUUGUGACGUGUCGUUAUCUCAUGAUUGUUGGAUUGUUAAAGUGCACUACAAGUUGAACUGUUAAGAUAUACCAUUGCAUGAUGUUUCAAGGAUUUUAAGUUAUAGUGUAUGUCAGUAUCGAAUGUUUAGUCCCUUCCACUAAUCUAUUUUCUACUCUCAGUUCCUCGAUGCUAUUUGCUGAGGGAGAUCAAUUU